AUGGGUAAUAAUAUUUCAGUAGAUGCUACAAAUGAAUUUCGAUACAAAGGCAAAAAUAUCCAAUACUUUAAUCCAUAUUAUAAUAAAGAUAAGAAAGAUAUAUCCAAUAAUUUGAUUUUAGAGAAUUCUGUAAACUUAGAGAAUUUUAAUAAUCAGAAUACAAUGAAUUUAUCGAAUAAUAAUUUAAUGGAAUGUUUAGCAAAAUUGUCCAUUGAUCAUUCCAACUCUAAUUCUAAUUAUUCAUAUUCUACAAAGACAUUAUUUAUGAACCCAGGACAUUCAAGUCCUGUUGUUUGCCAAACCCCUCGUUUGACUGCCACUGGCAGCUUUGAAAAUAGAAGUAUAUUUCUUAAUAAUGACGAUUCAGAAGCAUCAUCCCUUAUAAUACCAAAAACUUUUGAUGAAUCUUAUCUGAUGGAUCAGAAUAGUGCUCUCUUCACCAUCGAGCAGAGCAGCAAUGAUGAUGACAGAAAAUAUACAACAAAAGAAAAUAAAAAUAAAACUUCACAUUUCUCAUGGAAAAAGGAAAUGAAGAGAAGAAUCUCUAGAAUAAGUAAAGAUAAACAUCCUAAAGAUAUAUAUUAUGAUGGCAGUGAAGAAGAUGAGAGUGACGAUUCUAAUGCUAUUGUCCACCGUCAUACCAAGGACAGGAAAAGGUUGAAAUCUGAUAUAACAGUAGAUCCAUCGCUGUCAGAUAAAGACUCUUCGGAGAUUAAGAAAGAAGAAGAUAACAUAGGUAGUAUACCAAUUGACUUUACUCCCUCGAAUAAUAAUGAGAUUAAUAAAAAGUCAAAUUUUAGUUUGCAUUAUAAUGAUUAUGUUAAUUGCAUCUCUAGUAAUGGAACACCGUCUAUUACCUUAGAUACAGGAUCUUCUAUUUCUACUGCCGAAUAUGAAUUAACUUCAUUGCGUAGGUAUCAUAGUAGAGUGAAUGUUGUGUUAAGAUGGAGAGAUUCGUAUAUUCAAAAUGAGACGUGCAAGUCUGUCUCUAUCAUCAGUGAAGAUAUUUUGACGUCAGUACAAGCUCAAAACUCUGGGGUACUCUUGAUAUCAAACUUUUCCAUGACGUAUGACAAGAAUGAGAACAAUUGGGUGCUUCCAGAUUUAUUCUUACCUCCAGGUAAAUAUAGAUUGCGGUUUUUAAUCGAUCAUCAUGAUUUUAGAUAUUCUAACUAUUUGCCUGUCACUGAAGAUGAGUUGGGUACUAUAAUAAAUGAAAUAGAGAUUCUUCCAGGUUAUAAGUCAGUGGAACCGUUUGAACAUAAUAACCAUAUAAUGAUUCAGGAAAAUAUAAUUAACAGCGAGCUCUCAUUAAAUAAUUCUCGACAGUUACAAUCAGAACCGCCCUCAUAUCCAGAACUAGAAGAGAAUUUUAGUUCCCCAAUAGAAUCAAUAAUAUCAGAAGACGAGCUUGAUAAUGAUCAAUAUUCCAAAGUUUAUGGGAAAAGGAAUAAUUCGAUUGGUCAAAGCAAAACCAGUUUAUCUAUUAAACCAUGUAUAUCAGAGGUAACAUAUACUAAUGAAAUUCCACAACUGUUCAAAAUUACGGACAAUAACUGUAUUGUAAAUGAGAACUAUGAGAGAUAUGGGUUUGUCGAACCACCAUCAUAUGGGGAGCCGGGACUGGAAAACCGUGUCAUUGACUGUAAUCAAGAUAUUCUAUUUGCGACAUUUCAACAAAAUGGUGCAGUUGAUGUUGAAUUAGCAGAACAACUAUUCCUUGAAAAGUAUCCAGUACCAGACCUGCCUGUAUUUUUAGAUUCUCAUUUCUCUGAGAAACUCUUUGAUAAUAACGACAGUAGUAAGAAUUUAAACGAUAUGAAUGGUGAAGAUAUUCAAAUCAAAAAUAAUGGCCAAGAUAUUCCCCAUGUCAAUUUGAACCAUGUUUUAACAAACAAGAUAUCUAAUGGUAUGAUUAGCGUUGCGUGUACUACUAGAUACAAAAGGAAAUUCGUUACCCAUAUCCUAUACUCCCCAUCCACACAUUCUGAAGUUGGUUUUUAA